CCCUGAACGGGCCCUUUCCACAGUUUACCUCGUAGACGGGGCUAAGAUGAGGUCUUUGAAGCAAAUUCUCCGUCUUCAGAAGGAUGCCGGCGCCCUAGCGCUGCGCGCCUUUGGAACUGCUGCUAAGGACGUCAUUGCUACAGACGGCAAUCCAUUCCUGCGCUUCAGCAACCCUCGGCCUAGUCCCAUCGACCAUACGCCCCUACUUAGCACGCUUCCGGAGACCCGGAUAACCACUUUGCCAAACGGGCUGCGAGUGGCUACGGAGUCGAUCCCUUUCGCGGAGACAACCACUUUGGGUAUCUGGAUCAACUCCGGCAGCCGCUUCGAAAAUGAUGCCAACAAUGGCGUGGCUCAUUUUCUUGAGCACAUCCUGUUUAAGGGUACCAAGAAGCGGACCGUGAAGGACCUCGAGGUGGAGGUGGAGAACAUGGGCGGUCAGCUGAACGCAUACACAGGCCGUGAGCAGACGUGUUACUAUGCCAAAGUCAUGGCGAAGGAUGUGGGAAAGGCUGUCGACAUACUGUCCGACAUCCUUCUCAACUCCAACCUGGAUGCGCGCGCCAUCGACCGGGAGCGCGACGUCAUUCUGCGGGAAAUGGAGGAGGUGAACAAGCAGUCCUCAGAACUGGUGUUCGACCACCUGCACGCCACAGCUUUCCAGUACAGCCCCUUGGGCCGCACUAUUCUGGGCCCCGUGGAGAAUAUUAAGUCCAUUACCCGCGACCAGCUCGUGGAGUACAUGAAGACGCAUUACCGUGGGCCGCGCAUGGUUCUGGCUGCUGCUGGCGCUGUGAAUCAUGAUGAGCUCGUGAAGCUGGCCUCGGAUGCGUUCGGUGCCAUCCCCGAUGAGGACCCUACCACGUCGGUUCGGUCACUGCUCGCGAAGGAACCUUACCGCUUCACGGGCUCGUACGUGCACGACCGCUGGCCGGACGCGACAGACUGCUGCAUGGCCGUGGCGUUCAAGGGGGCUUCGUGGACGGACCCUGAUUCCAUUCCACUGAUGAUCAUGCAAACAAUGCUAGGCGCCUGGGACAAGAAUUCUACUGUUGGCAAGCACAGCAGCAGCAUGCUCGUCCAGACGGUAGCAUCAGAGGGUUUGGCGGAUGCAUUCAUGGCUUUUAAUACAAACUACCAUGACACGGGACUGUUCGGCGUGUACGGUGUGACUGACCGCGACCGGUGCGAGGAUUUCGCGUACUCAAUCAUGUCGCACCUUACCAAGAUGUGCUUUGACGUGCGGGAGGCGGAUGUGGUGCGCGCCAAGAACCAGCUCAAAGCCAGCCUCAUGUUCUUCCAGGAUUCGACUAACCAUGUGGCGGAAUCCAUUGGCCGUGAGCUGCUCGUGUACGGCCGCCGCAUCCCCAAGGCCGAGAUGUUCGCCCGUAUUGAUGCUGUAGACGCCAAUACCAUUCGGGCCGUGGCGGACCGCUUCAUUUACGACCAGGACAUGGCGGUAGCGUCCGUUGGAGACGUGCAGUUCAUGCCAGACUAUAAUUGGUUCCGCCGCCGGUCUUACUGGCUGCGCUAUUAAAUAAUACAGGUUUCAUGGCCCCCAUGGCGAAAGUCGAGAGCGUUGCAGCAGAUAGCUGUUGCAGUCUCAGUGGGAGUGGAUAUCCGCUGUUGUCUAGUGGUUGCGUGAUGAGAGGCUGCAGGACCUGCAGGACAGGUGCGUUCCAGUUGCGCCGGGACCGUCUAUGUGACGUUGGGGCGAGGCAGCUACGAUAGCUAAGUGAUGGGCAGCUACACAAGGGGGUGUUGCCGCCUCGUAUUGGAGAUCGUCCUUCGAGCUUAACAACCAUGGGUGGGAAGGUGGCACUGACUGCAGACCGACUGCUGCACCGGGGAGAGCAGGUUGCAAGGGUAACGUGGGUUGUCGGACAAAGGUUUUUAUGGUUGGGGCAAAGCAAAGACUGGGACGCGUGUUGAGACAUGAUGUCGGCAAGUAUGAAUACGAGUGUGUUAAUACCAGCUCCCCUGAAGGCCUACACCGGCUUAUGCGGAGGUAGAUGCAACAACUCGGCCUGUAUGGAGUUCAGCUCAGCACGCAAUUGGGAUAGAGUAGGAGGACUAUUCAGCAGUCCAGUCUAUUUAGUCUGUUCAGCAGUCCCUUUGGGGGAGGUAGAGGAAAUAGCGAGGCUUACACUGCAGAAGGCAGCCCGCAAGAUGAGCACGUACCGGGUGUGUAGGGGACUGUAAGUCUGCACAAUC